AAAAGCUUGGCGUAAUUGCAGAUUUCAUUAGUUCUGUUUCACACUCUGGUAACAACUAAAAUAUCCAUCCCAAACAUGAAGUUCUUGAUUGUCCUUGCUUGCCUUUUGGCCGUCGCCUAUGCUGGUGAUGAGAGGUCAGCCGUUACUACCGAAGAAAAGGUUGAAGUAAAUCCCGAAGACUUCAAAUACACUGUAGAAACAUCCAACGGUAUUUCUGCUGAACAAUCGGGACAUGUGGCUGAUGGAAAAACAAAUGUAGUUGUAGGCAAAUUUGAAUAUACUUCUCCCGAAGGAGUCCCAGUUUCUGUGUCUUAUGAGGCCGAUGAGAACGGCUACCGUGUUGUUUCUUCUCAUCCUUAAAAUGUUUUGAGGAAUACAAACAAAUAAAUUUCUUGCAUAUAAAAAACCGUAA